CGGCUUUCCACACCUUGGGUGGCCUUAUCGAUUCUUUCUCGGUCCUGGCGACGAAGCAGUUUACUCACACAACUGAUCUGCACGCGCGUGCCACUCGCUAGCCGCAGCGCUUCAUCACACGCCUAGUGCGCCACCAGGGUCACAGCCUCUCGCUGUGCCUCUCGCUGUGCCUACGUCCGCAGCGAUGCCCCGCAAGGCCGCAAAACGCGCGCGCACGGUCGUAGAGCGCGACUGGCGCGCCACGCUGUUCGUCUGGCGCGGCGAGCUCGAAAUCGGCGGGUCCCCGGACACCGGUCCGCAGAUCUCGUGGCGGGGCGCGUGGCUCGGCGCUGAUGACGACACUAUGCCGUCGGACGCCGCCCUGAAAGCGAGCGAGAACACGUUCGAACUCAAAACGGAGCCGUUCGAUCACGAACAGAUCCAAGAAAAGGCCAACGCGACCCUCGUGGGGACGGAAUUCGAGGGCGAAGAAUGCGGCGGAACCGAGAUUGUGUUCGAAGCCAUCGACAUGAUCCUUGGUGGUAUGGACGAAGAGGAUCCCGAGGGCCGCAAGGCCUUCUUCCAGCUGGAUGGCUUGUUCGAGAUGCAAUUUGGGGGCUCGUACAAGCUUGACAACGGCUCUGGCCUGGAGGACACCUCGGACGACACGCACCGCUGGGAGGUGCGCUCGUGGCCGAAGGCGGCUCCGGGAGAGGUCGAGUGCGCGACUCAUGCCGCCGUCGCAGCCGUCGGCACGACGCCCUUCGGUCGCUUCGUAAGCCUCGGCGCCAUCGAUGGCAGCACGAUGACAUUGGCGCGCCGCUACAUUGCCGACGACGACCCGCGCGCGGCCUGGGCGUCGCCCGCGGCCGUGCUCGAUGCAUGCCUAGAUGACGCGCAGCUAGAAGAAGAAGAAGAGCUAGCCCUCGCGGACAUCCCGGCCAAGCUCCCGUGGAAGGUGGACGCGUGACCUAAGCGCUUGUGUUUUCCCUAGGAGCUCUAAUUCUAGGACCAUCA